UUGACCCGGAAGUGAAUGUCUGUCGCUCGAGCUAAGUGCUGCGUCACACAAUAACCAAGGCGCACUCGGCCAUUUUAUGAAAUAAUUUAAGCGGCAAAACCAUAAAUAUUGGUUUAAAAUUAUCCGAGCGUGUGAAAUAACAGGGCUGCCAACUAAAUGACUUUGUGAGUUAUUGUUAUGUUUGUGUGUGCUUCUAUAUCGUUGCUGUAGUCGAGGCUGCCCGAAGACGCAGAAGGUUGAAAUGUCAAGACCAAGGUCUUCGUCACCUCAAAGCAGGAGGCCCUCGUGGAACGACCGUGGAUCUUACAAGGGCUUUGCAGGAUACAGUAAAAGUCGGUCUGACUGGAGUUCCGCUCACAGAGAUGAAGAUCACAGGUUCCGUGAUGGCAUGAUCUCGGAAGGCCACAGAAGAGCCUCCCCACCUCCACAGGAUCACAUUUGGCGUCACCAGGAUCAAGAUGGGUAUCACCGUGGGAGGCAAUCACCUCGUCGUGAUGCAAUGGACCGCCGUGUUCCAAGAUCUCCUCAACGCGAUGGAGGAUCAGACACGGACAGACAAAGAAGAGAAGACAUGCAUUUUAGUAAUAGGAGUUGGGCACCAUGUUCCCCUCCGAGGUUCUCCAGGGAGCACUUGGCCCCUAAUUCUCACUCGGAUCACUCAAAAGGAGCACCGGGCUGGCGGAGGGAGGAAUGGGGGCAGGGCGGCGGGCGGAUCAGAGAUGGCAGUCCCAGUGUCAGGUCAGAUGAGCACAGAGGAGGCAGAAGAGAGAAGAACGCUGAGGGUCCUCACAGAAGCAGACCAAGAGAAGAUCUGUGCCCCCCUUGGAAGAGGCCAAGAAGAGAAAUGGAGCCUCAGCAUCACAGCGGGUUCAGACGGAACAACAAGGUCUUUGGCGAACCAGCCUUUGAAGGAGACCACCGCGGGGGUCCUCCAUAUAAAGAUGCUCACGGAUCAGGACCAUUUGCGUUUGACCACGGUGACUACAACCGAGACAACUGGAAGCCACCCAAGCAGGAACAUUUGGACCAUGGAGACCAUGACCUCAACCAGCAUAGAGACUCUGGUACACGGAGCUCCUCACAGGAGCGAUUCAGGACAUCAAAUAACAAGCUUGAUGUCCAUGAAGAUUCCCGAAGACACCCCUUUGCAGAGAACUGGAGGGGAGACUAUGAAAGCAGGAGGAGCCCACCGCCACAAGAGCGGGCAAACGUCCCAAGAUUUGCCAGACGCGGUCACACAACCCUAAGAGGGAGGGGUGGACAUCAUUCUGCGAGAGAGAAGUUCAGUCGUAACCAUGUCAGAAACGUCGGACCCCCGAAGUACCGGUCGAACUUUCAUCACUUUUCCCGGGGGUACCAUGGAAAUGCUCCAAAGGAUCAGCGAGUGGGAUUCAAACCCCAUGAGGAAGCUCUUCACUCAAAUGACAAGGAGGAGAAGAAGGAGCAAAACUGGACAGGGGAAGAUGGACACUUGGAAGAAACCAGGGCUGCGAGUCUGGACCGACACCUGCGAGGGGACAACCCGGGAAAGGAGCAGAAUUGGCCGGGUGACGGCUGGGAGGAAGAGAAGUCCAAAAACAUGACGGUGGUAACGGAGGAAACGCUAACCAUUAAAGUGGACAUGAGCCGGCCGGUGCACAAAAGCAGCACGCUGUCUUAUUCUGCAGAUCGCCAGCUCUCUCUAGACCUGGUCAACGUGGGCCGCCAGCGUCUGGACUUCUUGCCCUCCUCAGCAGAGCCGUCCGGGAGCACCCAGGAAGGCACCGUGCACACUGGAACAUUUGCACAGGAAAUCAUCACACUGGUUCACCAUGUCAAAGAGCUCUACUUUAAAGGCGAAGGCAUAACGCUGAACAAACGCUUCUCCGCUCCCCAAAAAAGCAGCCACAGUGAAGAAGAGAGUGUGGGGAUGACUUUGGACCAGAGGUUUUCGUCCAACCACUUCAACGCCAACGUGCCUGCAGAGCCUCAAGACGACCUCUUCCCCCACCAGCCCACGCAUGGACCGGGCGACCUGAGGCACGAUCUGGAGCGGCGGCGACAGCAGCGUCUCGAUGGCGUGACUAUCACCAUACCGGGAAGCGGCCAGAGAGGCGCGCUAAGCACGGUGAAGUUCGGCGGCGAUGAUGUGAUGAUUCCGGAAGUGCAGGGUUGGGAGCUCAACAUGGGUUCCAGGAGAGGAGGAGCUCCUCACAGAAUGAACGCCGGCCCGCCACAAAGGUACAUGAACCGUCAACCCAUGAGGGGCCAGAACCAGUACAGCAACGCAGAGGUCUCUUAUGAAGGGUGAGAAGGCGGCAGUUAAAGGUGGGAAUCGCACGACAACGGCCUGAAUGCCACUUCCGUGUUCUCCUCCAUGAUGAUAUCAAAGCGGCACAUCAGCGGCCUAAUGGAACGCAAAACAUCAGUUACACAUGGCUGCCUGUCACCCUUCUGGUCUCGAGGCCGUCUCCAGUACCACUCACCUUUCAGGUCGUUCCAGCGCCGUCAGUCGUAUCCGCAGCAGUCUGAUUUUGUAGCGUGGGCCGAUCACAUUGCCGGUGUUGAUGCGUAGGGAGAUCUUCUGCACGUGCGGCAGGUCCUCAUCGAACUGGGCCAGGAGACGCGUGGACGUGAACUGCUCGAAGCGCAAGAGUUUGCUGUGGAGGGAGGUGUGAUGAGACCACGGUGGAUACAUGUAUUAGAACCGGGGGGUGCUUACUGGUCUAUCCGGGCCUCAGUGAUGGUCCUGCCACUGUGCAGGCGGAUGUAGACCACACCCCAGCGGAGGUACUGGUUCCACGUCACCAUGUCCACCCUGUAGUUGAGUUCUGGCACACAUGUAUAACAAGCGCUUUGAGAAUCCGAAUUGUGAAUGAAA